CACUAAACCACCAUUUUACAUUAACCGUUACAAUAUUUUUCGCGUGCCUUUGUUUUAAUUUAAAGUUAAGAAUUUUACUAUAGUUCGUAUGAUGGAUUGGAUGCUGAUCAUAUCCAUUCUGAUAAACUGUCUUUAUGUUUCUGCACAUGACGAGGAUUGUCCCUCGUUGGCCGAUGGGGAUAGUUUGUCGCAGACACAGUUGCUAGAUCACUUAACCCAUGGCUGCCGGUACGAUCGCUUGGAGAGGCCCAUAACCUAUUCGGAAACUGGACAACGCAUGCCGGUGGACGUCUAUAUGCGCGCCUACAUCUAUUUCAUGCAAAACCUUGAGGCCCACGAUCUGCAGUUUAAGAUCUAUGCACUUCUGCAAAUGCGGUACCUUGAUCCGCGUCUCAAUUUCCGAAAUGUGAGCCCCAAAAGAAGACAACCGAUUAUGGGUGAACAACAUAUGAGGGACUCACUCUGGAUGCCCCACAUAUUUCUGGCCAACGAAAGGGAUUCUAGUAUUUUGGGUCUCACUGAGAAGGAUAUUCUCACCUCGAUUUCCCCCGAUGGCACCGUGAUUGUCUCGAACCGAAUUAAGGCCACAUUAUACUGCUGGCUCAACCUGAAGAAAUUCCCAUUCGAUGAACAGCACUGCUCCACUGUUCUUGAAAGUUGGAUGUACAACACCUCGGAACUGGUGCUCCAUUGGGAGCAGAAACGGCCGAUCACCUACGAUAGCGCCCUACACCUGACCGAGUUUGUGCUGCAGCGAUCCUGGUCCAAUGAGACGGUGAUCAAUGCCGAUUUGAGCGACCUACGACACGGAGCAUUUGCCGGGAACUACAGUUCCCUCAGCUUCACGGUUCACCUUACUAGAGUGGUGGGCUUUUACCUGAUGGACUACUUCCUGCCCUCUAUGCUCAUUGUGGCUAUAUCCUGGGUAUCCUUCUGGCUGCAGGCGGAUCAGGCUCCACCGAGAAUCACUCUGGGCACGAGCACCUUGCUAACCUUUAUAACUCUGGCUUCCGCGCAGGGUAAAACGCUGCCAAAAGUUAGCUACAUCAAGGUGUCAGAGGUGUGGUUCCUGGGCUGUACCAUCUUCAUUUUCGGCAGCAUGGUUGAGUUUGCCUUUGUCAACACCAUUUGGCGUCGCAAGAAUAGUGUACCCGUUAAGAAGUUGAACAGUAAACACAUCCUGAAGUCCACAUUAUCACCGAAUUUGCGAAGACGGCGCAGUCACGCGAGGUCCAGAUCGUUUUCGGGAACUGCUUUUCCAAAAUCCGGUGAUACCAGCUCUUUGGGCGGUGCUAGUUUCAACAAUUACCUAACAGUCAAUCUGCCCAUCACAACGAUUAAGGAGGGACAGGUUCUGGAUCAGCAGAGGACCAGGGGAAUCCAAAAACUGGACGUUAACUUCGUGGAGAGUGCCUUCGGCUCGAUGGGAGCAGCUCAGUCUACGGGAGCCAUCAGUACAGCAACGAGCACACAAACGCUGACUAAUAAUAAUCGACCGGAUCCCGUUGGACACCAGGAGGAAAUCGACUUGAGCGGCUGGACAACAUUGACACCGCAGGAAAUCGCCAUGUGGAUUGACAGCCGGGCGAGAUUCGUAUUUCCCUUGGCUUUUCUAGUUUUCAACUUGUUCUUUUGGACAUUUGUCUACUGCAUUUAAAUUUUAAACUGUGUUUAUAAGUCGUUGUAAAAAAGUGUUAUUUAAAGCCUUACACCUUAUUCUAUUAUGUUUAAUUAUGGUCAAUGCUUUGAAUUUAUUGUUUGCCUGUGUUUCCUAUUGUAUUGUUUCUCUAAUAAGAGUUUAAUGUCUCGAUUUUAUUACAUUGUUAAAUAAAGAAAUGCUUAUGAGCAA